AUGAAAAGCAACGACGCCACACCAAACGGCCGAGACGACAAACUCUGGUACUUUAAAAACUACGACGAUUCCAUCACAGGAAAGCAAUUCGACGAAGCCUAUGCCUCCAACCCCGGCGACAAAAACUAUCCUGUCGACUGGAUAUCGGGUACAGAAGCAAACCCUAUCACCGGCACACUCGACAAAAAGCCGUUCAAAGUUUGGGGACUCACAAGAAUCGGAGAUGCCAAAACAUUUGUUACUGGAUAUGCCGAUUUGGGAGGGGCUUCUAUGCGCUGCUACAAUAACUCUGCUUCGUACUGGAAACAGGAUUAUGGAGAAAAAAUGUAUGUCAAAUGUAGUGCGAACUACUACUGCACGCGAAAUUCGCGACAGAUUCGUCGUACCAUUGUGACGACUUCGAGUACCAUGCAGAGUAUUCCGUUUCUGGGACAGCAGAAUUACGAUAUCAAGAAUGAUCAUGGAAGUAAUGCUGCGGAUGGGGAAGGAUAUAAAAUUGGGAGUAAAGAUUACAAAAUGACAUAUGCGGUGAAUCGCAUGGAGAGAGAGGGAGAUCCGUAUUAUGAAGCGGAUCGGAUUAAUCAGGUUGCGGAUUUGGUGGUGGAGAAAGUGUUUCCUGAGUUAUGGGCCAAGGAUAAAAUCAGUGAUGAGAAAGCAUGGCCUUCCGGAAGCAAAUUCCUCGCCCAAGCUACACAUACGCUUCCCUUCCCGAAACAAAUCAAAGUCCAAGUACAAGUUGCACAACAGGCGAUGUUGGAUUGGGAAGAUAGAGAUACCGUUGUUUUCACCGUGGAAAAAGGAAAUGAUUGUAAAGUUGACAGUGUGCUUAGUAUGGCGAUCAAAGGCGCGUUUAAAGCUGUUUCGACUGUAACGACUGGUGCUGAUGGUGCUGUUGGGCGAGAUUGCUUUUCCUUCUGA